AUGCGAGGGGGGGCUGGGGCUGCUGCACUGGUCUCUGUCUCCUCGUCCCCCGUGGGGGGCAGGCCUCGCUGGGGAGCUGUGCUGCUGCUGCUGCUGCUGCUGCUGCUGCUUCUGCUGCUGCACGGAGCACAGACUUUGCAGGUUGUUGCUGCUGAAAAGGCAGCUGCGGGGACAACGCACGAAGACGCAGCAAAGGAGGAGUCAGGUAUUGGGGCAUCUGUGUCCCUGGGGGGCCCUCGGGCCCAGCAGUACGAGCUUCCCUCUGAAGCAAAAUUAAAUACUUUAGCUGCUGCUGCUGCUGCCCCCACGUCUACGGAGGCAGCGGCAGCUCCGGGGGCCCCCGGGGCCCCACAGGCCAGGGGCCCCCCUUUUCAGGCAGCAGCACCCAAGGGGGGCCUCAGCAACACUGGGGGCCCCCUCAGCACCGCUCAAAGGUAUGGUGGGUUCAGCGGGAGGCCCUCAUGCCCCUCUAAGAACCCUCAAGCAGAAGAAAGGAGAAGAAGAGCUGCUGCUGCUGCAGGCGCAGCCUUGCUGCAGAGCCAAAUGCAACAGCAGCAACGGUGGCUGCUGCUGCAGAGCCGCAAACAGCAAGCAGCCGAGGCGGUUCAGCAGCAGCAACUGCAGCAGCCGCAGCAGACUGCUGCGGCAGGCAUGAAGCAAGAGCAGGUCUCCGCUCCUCCUCCGUCGGGUCUCCCUCCAGAACAAAUGGCUGGUGAGAAGGUAAAAGACGUUAUCUUGCCUGCUGCUUCUGCUGCUGCUGCAGCUGCUGCUGCAGCUGCUGGGGGCUCAGGUUCAUUGGCUGCUACGAAAAGUGAGCAGGAGACAGCGCAGGGAGCCCCAAAGGCCGCCGCUCCCCCCAGCUGCCCGCUGCCUUCUGAAGUGUCUCCUUUCUUUCAUACACAGCUGGAUGAAGCUUUGGGCCCCGCUGUGGGGCCCCACACAAUUCAGGUAGGAGGAGACUCGUUGCUGGAGACAGUGCAUGCUGGGGUGUACACGGAGACACCCCAGGAGACAAGGCAUUCUUUUUCCCGCUCUGCUGUUGCUUCAGCAGAAACAAGAGUGCGCAUGCAGCCCCGCAUGCAGCAAGAAAGCCCCAAAGAGGCAGAGGCCCCCCCCUUUCGAAUGGUGUGGGGGGGCCUCGAAGCUAUUGCUGAAGAGGGGGAGUUAAGGGGGCCCCACAUCUCCUCCCAGGCAUCUGUUUGGGGCUUGGAGAGCGGGUUGCAUGGGCAUGCACAAGCGCAUGCAAGUUCUUUAGAAGCAGAGAGGAGACAGGGGGCCGCAGUGGGAUUAGGGGAGGCCCCUGAGCUUACUUGGGUCAUGGGGGCCCCCUACCAGCCGUCCUCCUCGCUGCAUUCAAGCCCUUCACAGGUGCAUGCAGCACUAAAAGAAUCACUUGAACUCGCCUUUCGAGUGCAUGCACAGGAGCUGCACUUAGAGCGCUCUUUUUUGGGGCUUUCUGCUCCCAGUGUGCAUGCAGGGGCCCCCUAUGCAGCUACGCUGCAGUUUAGUUUUGAUGUGGUGCCCCUGCAUGAGCAGCGCUUAAUUCAGGCAGAGGCGGCAGGGGGCCCCCCACAGGACCCUCUGGGGCUCCUGGGGCCCCUGGGGCCCCCGGAGGCCCCCGUUUUUGAAUUGGUGGGGGAGUUGAUGGGGGCCCCCUUUGCUGCUGAUUUCUUUGAGGCCCUUGAGGAGGGUACAAAGGCAACCCCCGCUCAGGUCCAGCUGUCUGGUUGGGGCUUUGAAGAUGUGUCUCUAAUAGAAGGGGGAGUUUCACUGCAUGCAAGAGGCCAUGCAGAGCAGUGGAUGAGGAGCCUGCUGCUGCCAGAGGAGCUGGUGCAGCUGCAGCUGCUGGCGCUGACGCUGCAGGAGCUGAGGCUGCUGCUCGCCUUAGAAGAAGAGAUGGGGGGCCCCCAGGCCCCUCUACCCACAGAAGAUUGGGCCCCUGAAGAUAGAGAAGAGCGCAUGCAUUUCUUGUGGCCGCCGCAGGAACUGCAUGCGCAGCACGCGAGGGACAGACAAUACCAGAGGCAGCGGAAGCAGCAGCAGCAGCAGCAGCAAGAGCAGCAGCAGCAAGAGCAGCAGCAGCAAGAACAGCUGCAGGAAGGGGAGGAGACAGAAGAAGAUUACCUUCUCGAUGAAGAAGAGGAAGCCUUCUGGGAGCUUAUGCUUGCAGACCCUGACGCCUGGUGA